UGACUCGCGUCUCGUCCACAGCUCUGCAGCGCAGGGCAAGGUUAGCUACGUCCAUUUCCAUGAGGACGUCCCGUCUUUCCUCGCGUCCUCCACUGGUCAUUGUUAACUCGUGCCUGGUUUGUCGUGUGCGCGUGUCUAUGUCGUGUUAGUCGUGCAACAUUCACCGCUCCAAAACACACCCCAAAAAAAAAAAUAUAUAUAUAUAUACCCAUCUGCUCCUUCCUACCGUGUUGGUGUAAAAAUUUGGAGGAAGCUGGAACUUAAGCAAUAAUAAUGCUUCGCAACAGCCUACGCCGCCACCACCACCUGAGCUGCACGUCGUCAUCGGCGCGUGGAGCAGGAGAAGGAGGAGUCAUUUAGGAGCAGCAUCAUCAUCAGAGGAUAGAGCAAUGAGUUAACGAUGCUGAGUGCAUUCGGCGCUGAAGCACUGGCUGGCGCUGGUGCUAUGUGCAGAGACAUAAAUGGUUCUAGCAUCGAGACGGGCCAGUUUUAUGUUCCCGGACCAAAACCCUGCACAAUCUGCGUGUGUGUUAAUGGAAAUCCCACCUAUUGCAAAGCUGUGCUGUGCAAGUACAAAGAUCAAGAGUCUCUGCCAAACAAAGAUUGCAAGACUUUUCGCUUUGGCAGUAAUUGCUGCGAACUGAUUUGUUUGGAUGACACUUUGUCUUCUACGACCAAUGACGGGACUGACUUAAACCCAGAGUUGAGACCACUUCUCUUGGGCUAUAUAUUGGCUGUAAUCAUUGGUACAUUUUUCAUUGUAUCAAUAAUUUUGUUUUUACACUUUAGGUUGAAAAAAAGAGAACAACAAAAUAGUCACAUAGCUGAUGAUCAAAGAUCAUUGGGCAGUAUGGGCUACUUGGACAGAAAUAGCUUACAGCAUGGCAUGCCAAUGGACGACUUGCCGUGUAAUGGAGGUUAUCCUCUCUGGAAGCCCCCAAGCAAUUACUUCCCUCGUGGGGAAGCUCCUCCUCCUUACGAGGAAGCAGUGGCCGCAGCCAGAGCUGAGCAAGCCUUGCUAUCCAUGAACCAAAAUACACUUUCGCCUCUUAAUUUUUCCAAUGCAUAUUUGAUGGAGCACACUGCCCAUACCAAUAUCUCAUUAGUAACCAAUAGUCAAAAUGGAUUACCUGCUAGUUCACCUACAUUGUCGCCAAACAAUGCAUCGAGCACAUCUCCAUUGAUUUCUGCCCCUACCAACAGACCUUUGAGCAGUCCGGCAGCCCACAGCUGUUAUCAAUCCAAUCAAACGGAAGUUGCAGCACCUGAUUUUUGCUCUGGUGCAUGCUCAACGAGUUUUGCUGCGGGCACGAAUAUCUACGAGAAUCUACCAAUACCCGUCAAUAGAUCAGCAUUAUCGAGUAGUGCCAGUAACAUCACAGUGCAAAACAAUUCGUCUCCUGGUAAUCAACGCCUGCAGCCAAGCCCUCAGAAUUCAGCUGGACAGAGUUACAGGCAAACGACGCUUCCUCGUCUGGGAGGAGCUUUUACGAUAUCUGCCACACUUUCCAACGCCCAAGCUGGUGUACACAGAACGAUACCGCGAAAUCUGGCGACCAGUGGGAGUUUGCGUCUGCGGGGAGAGUAUUCCGUUCAACGUUCGGUUGAUCCGUUUAAUUCGCCGUUGACAUCCCGUAAAAAUAACGCUGCCGGAAAUGCCAGCCCUUCACCAAGAGCUGCAACUUCAUCGACAGGUGUCGCGUCUAAUGUCCCAUCAACUUUCUCUAGCGGGAAAGGUGCGGUACGGACUAAUGCAUUUUUCGACAUGGAUUCGCAUUCUCAGGAGAAAACGUCCACGCCAGCGAAAACUACGGAUACCAAAUCAAAAGAUGCAUCUACGUCGUUGUGCAACUACAAACCUCCGCUAGCUGCAGCAAACGAAGUCAAUGAAGAAGGAAGCUUUGAUUCGGUUACUUGUACGUGUAGCGGUCAAGUCUUGCCGCCACUACACGACGAGACUGACGAUUAUCGAAGCGAGUGCGAAAAUUGCAAAAGUGCAAGCGGCUCUAGGUUUUAUUUAGACAACGAGGAUGAGUUGGUUACAUCGCCGCAUGAAACAAUGACGCUGCAGAGGAGGCCAGAAGAUGCUGCUUCUGGUUCAACUCCCCAGUACUACAGAACUUCUCUCACCUUACCUACCAACACGCGCUCCCGUACAAGAAAUUCGCGAGGUAAUUGGUUCAGCUCGAUGCCGGAAAGCUCCACAGAAUCUUCUGAUGGCGAAUAAAGUCAUUAUGCCAUGAAGAGGUAAAAUUUCAUGAGUCGAGAAGAGACAACCACCAAAGCGUCGAAAUAGUUAUCUAAUGAAUAGAUAUUCCUAUAGAUUAAAAUUAUUUUAUCAUUCUUUUGAUCUGUGCAAUUGUUUUCACCAAAAGUUUUCACUUAUACCUUAAUGCCAAGGAUACAACUAAUUUUUUUUACUGAUUCAGACUGACUGCAGUUUAAACUUGUAAUUAGUAACAAAGGAAUUCUGCUUACAAGUUACCAUGUGUCAAAGAAUUUUAGUAUUAGAAUUAAAAUGUAAAUUUUAACAUUGAACAUAGGCAAAUGACAAUAUUUCUUAAAAAUUCAAUUGUAUUGUUGAAUCGUACUAAUUAAAACAAGUUAUUACACCUCUCAGCAAUAUUGAUGAAUCAAAUGUUUGAGAGAUUCUUUGGAAAAUGGUGUUCAAAUAUUUGAAAAAUGUUUGAGUUUUUUUAAAACUUGUGAUUUCUGCCAAGCAUAGUUAGCAGUUUUAUACUUUUUACAAAUUUCAUUUUUUAAAUAUUAUAAUUAUUAAGAUUAUUGUUGU